AUGGCAGAGGACGAACUUGUAAAAACUCAAGCCUUUUUUGGAUUUAUCGGAGUCAGCUGUGCAUUGGUGUUCGCUAACUUAGGAGCUGGAUAUGGGACAGCUAAAAGUGGUGUUGGUAUUGCAUCUAUGGGAGUUAUCAAGCCAGAACUCAUCAUGAAAUCACUUAUCCCAGUAGUCAUGGCUGGUGUUUUGGGAAUCUAUGGCCUUAUCGUUGCAGUCAUUCUCGUCCAAAAGAUAAGCAAAAGUUACUCUUAUUAUGAUGGCUAUAAGCAUCUUGCUUCCGGACUUUGCUGCGGGCUGAGUGCAUUAGCAGCUGGCUUUGCGAUAGGAAUUGUUGGAGAUGCAGGUGUGAGGUCAAAUGCACAGAACGAAAAAAUCUUUGUUGGGAUGAUUCUAAUUCUUAUCUUUGCAGAAGCGCUUGGGCUGUAUGGACUGAUUGUUGCUCUUAUUCUUUCUCAAUAG